UUGUUGGAUGUAACGCGGACUAGAGUUCUGCUCCAGUGGUCUGUAUCACAGAAACACAGCAGCAGACUGUUGGAGGUUACGGUGGAUUCAGGGCUGUUUAUUGUAUGUUGGCUGUGGUUUAAAAUGAAGACUGUAUUCUCUGUAGGUGAAUAUGGAAGGGUGGUUAGAGUUUCCCCCGGUCUCCAGUAAAGUGGAGCAGCAGAAGAUCCAGCUCUGAUCAGCAGCUCCACACCUCUGUACUCAGACUGCUCUGCUGGAGGAACACCAUCAGCUCACCUGCUGCAGAACUGAAUCCUAUGCUGUUCCAAGUCUUAUUCUGAUCCCAGUGUCAAAACUCCCUAACUGGACAAAGUUUAGCUGCAUAGAUACAGUCAGAAAAUUUCACCAAAGAUUUUAAGAUGCUGAACGAAGGGGAGAACAUGGCAUCCAGUGAAAUUUCCAAUACUCAACAAACACCCUCUUCUACACCUCUCACGCAAAUGCAGGAAAGUACAGACAAGAAGAAAACUCACCACUGCUCAGACUGUGGGAAGAGCUUUACUACAAAGGGGUAUCUCCGAAUACACCAGCGCACUCACACCGCAGAGAAACCGAACAAGUGUUUAGACUGUGGAAAGAGCUUUUCUACACAGACUUAUCUCCAAAUACACCAGCGCCUUCACACAGGAGAGAAACCGUACAAGUGUUCAGACUGUGGGAAGAGCUUUAAUACAACGAGUAAUCUCCUGGAACACCGCCGCGUUCACUUGGGAAAUAAGUGCUCAGACUGUGGGAUGAAUUUUAAAUAUCGAAGUCUUCUCAAAGAACACCUGCGCAUUCACACUGGAGAGAAACCAUAUCACUGCUCAGACUGUGGGAAAGGUUUUGCUAAAAAGAGUUAUCUGCAAAUACACCAGCGCAUUCACACUGGAGAGAAACCGUAUCUCUGUUCUGACUGUGGGAUAAGCUUUACUACACAGAGCAGUCUCCAAACACACCAGCGCAUUCACACUGGAGAGAAACCGUACAAGUGUUCAGACUGUGGAAAGAGUUUUAAUCGCCAGAGUCUUCUCCAAAAACACCAGCGCAUUCACACAGGAGAGAAACCGUAUCACUGCACAGACUGUGGGAAGAGCUUUACUACACAGAGUCAUCUCCAACAACACCAGCGCAUUCACACUGGAGAAAAACCAUAUCACUGCUUAGACUGUGGAAAGAGUUUUAAUAGUCAGAGUCAUCUUCAGGAACACCUCCGCAUUCACACAGGAGAGAAACCGUUUCACUGUUCACACUGUGCAGUGAGCUUUAGGUAUUUACGAACACUCAAAAAACACAAGUGCACAAAGAGCGGUCUUGAAAAUGGGCAGUGACACACCUUAAACCAUUUCAGAUCCCAAACCUGGCUUUAAACAGUUUCUGAAAAAAAUUAAUAAAACAAAAUAUAGUGUGUGUGAAAUAUCCCUGGUUUUUAAUCACAGUUUUCAUGCAUCUUGGCAUCAUGUUUUCCUCCACCAGUCUUACACAAUGCUUUUGGAUGACUUUAUGCCUUUACUCCUGCUGCAAAAAUUCAAGCAGUUGAGCUUGGUUUGAUGGCUUAUAUUAUAUCCAUCUUCUUCUUGAUUUAUAUUCCAGAGGUUUUCAGUUUGGUAAAAUUAAAGAAACUCGUCAUUUUUAAGUGGUCUAUUAUUUUUUUCCAGAGCUGUAUAUCCUUACACACACAACAUGCAAAUGUCACAAAACAGAAACUAGUCCCGUAACAAUCAACUUAGUAUUGUGUCUUUAAGAUGAAGUUCACCUUUUAGAUGUAAAGUGGGACAUCAAUCACAAUGAGACAGACAGAACGAGAGCUCUGUAUGGUAGGAAAGUAAACUGCUGUGGUAAACAACCCUUUGUCAUUAUUUCAGUAACACUACUAUAGUCUUUGUGUAUGUUCUCUUUGUGUGACUGGAACAUUAGUAUUAGUGGAUACAGACGACUCAUUCGGAAUAGACACCCCUGUGUCGCGUUGCCCGUAAGCUCCCAGCUAGCUCUACACAUCCUGGCUACUCUGAAGCACCUUCUGCUAACUGCUAAGGACUGUUACAAGUGGUGCCCAAACUUCUGGACCAAGAAUCAUCCUGCAAGUGGAUAUUUUACUUGUGUAUCUUUGCCUGUGGGCCAGUUAAGUGGGCUGUGAUCAAUCUCUGCUAAAUAAUAUGAACUGUGCAUCAGCCACAAGUAGUGCUGGGCGGUACACCGGUUAAUCUGUUAUACUGGAGGGGAAAUUAAAACUGUAUGUAUUUUUUUACAUUCAGCCAUAACACUAGAGGCGCUUUGGAGUGCUGUGGAGAACAGCAUCGCCAAAGAAGCACACAGGCAGACCUCGCUAGCUAAAGCUAGCCAGUUAGCAUAACAAGCUAACACACUGGAAGAUAACCUCAAACAUAGUUCUGUCCUGCCUGGACAAAUGAGAACAGCAUUUUAUCUGAGGAGCUUCUGCUGCUGUUUCUCACAGAGUCUUUUUAUCAGAGUAAAAUAGAAAAACAACAGCUAACGGUAAUGAAUCACUCAAUAAAAAGACCCUAUUAAAUAUAUUAAUGCUGUAGCUUGAAGGAUAAUUUUACUGCACACUGAAAUGAUUUGUUUAAAUUUGUUUAACUGGAGAAAGAAGGGAAUUGUGGCUGAUUUUAAUACUGUAAUGCCUCUUAUGGCUUCAGGAUUAACACACUGUAAAUUAAUAUUAAACUUAUGUCUUACUUGUGCAAUAGAUCUUUUGAGAAAUAUCUCUUUUCAAUACUUUUUACAUUUAUUAAAUUUAAGAUGUAUCUCUUUUUAAGGCCUUGUUUUCAUUCUUCAUUUCUUCAUAUAUUGGAUAAUUUUGUGGGACAAAGUAAAGCCAAUAGUAAUCAAUGCUUUAAUUUAAAGCCUUAGUGUUUUAUGUAUACAUACUCCUAACAGUACAGUAAGUCACAAACCUAUAUAGAAGCCCAGUCAUGCAAAAAGAAAUACAAAUAGAAUGAAACCGUCAGAAUCUUGAAAAAUGCAGUAAUAUACAUUUUUGGUCAUACCGCCCAGCACUAGCCACAAGCUAAGAGUAUAAACUCUCACUUACUGCUGAGGUUUUCACAUGAACUGUACUUAUUUUACACAUUUUAACUCCACUAAAGUGAAUAAAGUCUUCUAUACCCAUUUUUUAUAUUAAUACAUAAAUACAGUAUUUUUUCAUGACAAUUAUACAGUAAGCAUUUACUAGUUUAUGUUUUAAACUAAAGCCUAGCAUCUUUUGAUUUUAUGUGAGAUACAUAUUUCUGUAUGAGUUCCUGUGUUUUACAUUAUUUAGCCUGUCUAUGUAGUAUGUUAAGUCCCACUGAUUCAAAGACUAACUAACCAGGCUGUUGGACAGAGAUGGCUGCAGAACUCAGCCAGAGGUUUAACAGACCAAGUGCAGUCACUGUAAUCUGAGGUGAGACUUUUCCAAUAACGUUUAAAUAACUCACUAAAUUAACAAAAAGCAGGUUGAACAGUAGGAACAACACUCUGGUUUGAGACACUUCCUCAAAACCCUGUGCAGUGACUUGCCUAUAGAUUUCUAUGGCCAAAUCCGAAAAGGUGUAAAAACGACUAAAUCAAAAAGUGUUCACUUGUGGCAUAUAGCGGUUAAAAGGUGGAUACAGGUGAGGAGUCUGGUAUUUUCCUUGUUGUCAUUUAGCUGCCAGUAGCACACAUAUGCAGUACAUGGCUCCAAGCAGAGCAGCCAGAGUGCAGAGGAGCUGAGGACUGUUGCUUGGCCAUGGUGGUCCAAUUAAAGACACUUCUGAGUAUAGUCCUUCUAAAUGUACAGGUGACCUUUUUGACUUACCUUUUGACCAUUACCAAUAUUUACCUAAUAAUUACUUGAACUUUAGACAGCACCAGUAACAAGACUCUUACAUGACACUUCCCACAAAACACACCUCAGGAUGAAGCACCAUGGACUGACCUUGAUGCCAUUCCUGUAUAUUUAAUAGUUUUCAAUGAAUUCUGCUUCCAUAUGUUUUGUAUGUUUUGGUUUGCAUAGGGCUUAGUGUUAAUAGCAUAUUUCAGAGUAAUUUGUUGUUAAUGCGUUGUUUUUAAAUAAACCAUUAAAAGAGAUGAACUGGG